UCGAGCACGUGUCCAUGCUGGUGAUCCUGCUCAACUGCGUGACUCUGGGGAUGUUUCAGCCCUGCGAGGACGUUACCUGCCAGUCAGAGUGGUGCCGCAUCCUCCAGGUGUUGGACGACUGCAUCUUCGCGUUCUUCGCGGUGGAAAUGGUCAUCAAGAUGGUGGCUCUGGGAAUAUUCGGCCCCAACUGUUACCUCGGUGACAAGUGGAACCAGCUCGACUUCGUCAUCGUCAUGGCAGGGGUGAUGGAGUAUUCUCUGGACGGCCACAACGCCAGUCUGUCAGCCAUCCGAACCGUCCGAGUGCUCAGGCCACUGCGGGCGAUCAACAGAGUACCAAGUAUGAGGAUCUUGGUGACGCUGCUGCUGGACACCCUGCCCAUGCUGGGGAACGUUCUCCUCCUCUGCUUCUUUGUCUUUUUCAUCUUCGGCAUUGUGGGAGUCCAGCUGUGGGCGGGACUGCUGCGCAACCGCUGCUUCCUGGGAGAGGACAUAAACACAAUGUACAACCUGUCUAUAAAUUCUUACUACAUGUCUGAGGAGGGUGAAGACGCCCCGUUUAUCUGCUCAGCUCCCCGUGAGAACGGGAUGCUGCGCUGCCACAAUGUGCCACCCUACACCGAGGGCCGGGCCGAGUGCUCGCUGGCCGCCCCCCUCCAGAGUUCAGCUCUGAUCGGACCGACCCCUGCGGAGGGCGGGGCCGACGGCAGCGGCUGCGUUAACUGGAACCAGUACUACAACGUGUGCCGCCCCGGCCUGCUCAACCCUCACAAGGGAGCUGUCAACUUUGACAAUAUCGGCUACGCGUGGAUAGCCAUAUUCCAGGUCAUCACACUGGAAGGAUGGGUAGAUAUCAUGUACUAUGUCAUGGACGCUCACUCCUUCUACAAUUUUAUAUAUUUUAUACUGCUCAUUAUUGUGGGCUCUUUCUUCAUGAUCAACUUGUGCCUCGUGGUCAUCGCCACCCAGUUCUCCGAGACGAAGCAAAGGGAGAACGCCCUGAUGAGGGAGCAGCGUGCUCGCUACAUGUCCAACGACUCCACGCUGGCCAGCUACAGCGAGCCGGGCUCAUGCUAUGAGGAGAUGUUGCGCUACAUCAGUCACCUUUACCGCAAGUUAACGCGCAGGCUGCAGAGGAUAUACUCUGGGUGGCACAGUAAACGGCGCAAAAAGGUGAAUCCCAAUGGCAGCGGAGGAGGCAGCAAUGGUGGCGGUAACGGACACGGCCACAGUUCGAGCAGAGGUUGCGGAGGCUCAGGCCCGGGUAACGCGUUGUGGCUGAGGCCCAUCCACAACCUUCUGCAGCACCACCAGCACCAGCACUGUCGCCUCAGCAACGGCGGGCAGCACGCUGUCAGCGUGGCGACCGCCGAGCACAUGGACAGGGGAGGACGUAUGGGAGGAGGGGAGGAAGUGGAGAUGAAGUCGCUUUCCGUCCGGAGGGGAAGCGCGAACGGAAAUAGCGGCGACAGCCCCACCGCCGUCGCCCAGGGCAUGGGGGCGCUGCUGGGGCGACUCAACGGGGGGAUGAACUAUCCCACCAUCCUGCCGUCGUUCGUGUGCAGCUACAGCAGCAAGACGCCGCCACCCCACUCGAAGCAGUGUGGCCCCAGUCCGGAGCAGCAUCCGCCGAACCACCCGGCGUCGGAACACACAGAGACGCUGAGCAAACUCUACCAGCUCAUGGGGCAGCACAGCCGCCAGCGGCUGCUGUACCAGCUGGCAGGCGUGGUGCCCAGCCCCCUGCUCCUGGAGCUGCUCAGCUGCCCUCUGUGCGCCCGCAGCCUGGAGACUCUGGAGCUGGAACUGGGAGACCUGGAGGGAGGCAAGGGCGAGGCCGACGGACUGCACGACUUCCCCCAGGGGGGAGACCUAAGAGGAGGCAGAGGUCGCAGACGGCGUGGAGUUGUGGAGUACAAAAACGGAGCCGUUCAGGCCUGGAUAAGCUUUAGAGACAAACUGAGGAGGAUCGUGGAAAGUAAAUACUUCAACCGAGGGAUCAUGAUCGCUAUCCUCGUCAAUACUCUGAGCAUGGGGAUAGAGUACCACGAGCAGCCCGAAGAAUUGACCGACGUGUUGGAGAUCAGCAACAUCGUUUUCACCAGUAUGUUUGUCCUGGAGAUGGGCUUCAUGCUGCUGGCGUUCGGCCUGUUCGGAUACAUCAGGAACCCGUACAACAUCUUCGACAGCAUCAUCGUCAUCAUCAGUGUGUGGGAGAUAAUUGGUCAAGCGGACGGCGGGUUGUCAGUCCUGCGAACGUUUCGUCUGCUGCGAGUUUUGAAGCUGGUUCGCUUCCUGCCGGCCCUGAGGAGACAACUGGUGGUUCUGAUGAAGACCAUGGACAACGUGGCCACCUUCUGCAUGCUGCUGAUGCUUUUCAUCUUCACUUUCAGUAUACUGGGCAUGCAUCUUUUUGGUUGUAAAUUCAGUCUACAAACAGAGAAUGGAGACACAAUCCCUGACCGCAAGAACUUUGACACUCUACUCUGGGCCAUCGUCACUGUAUUCCAGAUUCUCACCCAGGAGGACUGGAACGUGGUGUUGUACAACGGCAUGGCUUCUACCUCUCCGUGGGCGGCUCUCUACUUUGUCGCUCUCAUGACGUUCGGCAACUACGUGCUCUUCAAUUUGCUGGUGGCCAUCUUGGUUGAGGGCUUCCAGGCUGAGGGUGAUGCUAAUCGGUCAGAGUCAGACGAUGACAAGAAAUCCGACAACUUCGACGAGGACGAGAAGGUAGAACAGCUCAGAGACAAUGAGCUAAAGAUGUACUCUCUGAUGAUGACAGCUAACGGUCACAUUGACCCUCGUGUCUCCGCGGCUCCGCCCAUAAUCAUGCGCACGGCGGCCACGCCGAUGCCCACGCCAAAGAGCUCCCUGGGCCCCGAGUCCAUCCUGGGGGAGGAGCUCAUCUUCAGAGAGGGGGUACCUCAGUACAGCGAGGUGGGCUUGGGUUUUUCUGAGGCGGGUACCGGCCAUGCAGAGUCUCGCCGUGGAAGCUCAACGUCCAUGGAGCCUUUAGCCUUCGAUCAGCGUUCUCUGGGCCUCUCCAGCCCCGGGCGGCGCUCUCCUCUCCCUCCCCGUGGCUCGGGAAGCUCGUGGGGGAGCCGGCGCUCCAGCUGGAACAGCCUGGGGAGAGCUCCGAGCCUCAAGCGGCGAGACACCAGCGGAGAGAGGGAGAGUCUGCUGUCCGGGGAAGGCGGCGAGGAGGAGGACGGCAGGGACGACAAGGACGAGGCCGGGGUGAACAGCAGACUGAGGCCGGGGUCCUUGGAGCUGCUGCAGGCGUCCACUCUCUGCCCUUCCAUAAUUGCGGAAUACGGCGACUGUAACGGGAGGACUGUGACUUACGACCCAAACUUGAACUCCGACUCCAAAGAUGACUCCUCGCCCGAAGACGACAUGGACGAUGACGGUCCUUUUUGCUACUGGGUCAAGAAAGAGUUCCACAACAUGAAGCCUCGCUGGUGCAAAGAACAUGAAGACUGGACGCUGUACUUGUUCUCUCCAGAGAGCCCAUUCCGUGUGUGGUGCCAAGCUGUGAUCUCCCACAAAUUGUUCGACCAUGUGGUCCUGGUUUUCAUCUUCCUCAACUGCAUCACCAUCGCUCUGGAAAGACCCGACAUACAGCCUCAUAGCACGGAGCGAGUGUUUCUGAGUGUGUCCAACUAUGUUUUCACUGUGAUCUUCCUAGCAGAGAUGACCGUUAAGGUUGUAGCUCUUGGCUUCUGCUUUGGGAACCAGAGCUACCUCCAGUCCAGCUGGAACAUUCUGGACGGUUUAUUGGUGUUGGUGUCUCUGGUCGACAUUUUGGUCUCUCUGGCUUAUACUGGCGGAAACAGGAUCCUGGGAAUUCUCCGAGUCCUCCGCCUACUACGGACACUUCGCCCACUCAGGGUGAUCAGUCGAGCUCCAGGUUUGAAGCUGGUUGUGGAGACUCUCAUCACCUCUCUUAGACCUAUCGGAAACAUUGUCUUGAUCUGCUGUGCCUUCUUCAUUGUCUUUGGCAUCUUGGGGGUCCAGCUCUUCAAAGGGAAGUUCUACCAUUGUGAAGGUCUCGACACAAAAAACAUCACCAACAAGUCUGACUGUCUGCAGGCCAACUACCGCUGGAUACGAAGAAAGUACAACUUUGACAACCUGAUUCAGGCUCUGAUGUCUUUGUUUGUGCUGUCAUGUAAGGACGGCUGGGUCAACAUCAUGUACGACGGGCUCGAUGCGGUGGGAGUGGACCAACAGCCUGUAAGAAACCACAACCCCUGGAUGCUCCUCUACUUCAUCUCCUUCCUGCUCAUCGUCAGCUUCUUCGUCCUCAACAUGUUCGUCGGCGUGGUGGUGGAGAACUUCCACAAGUGCCGACAGGACCAGGAAGAGGAGGAAGCCCGCUUGCGGGAAGAGAAGAGGCUCAAAAUGAUAGAGAAAAAGCGCAGGAAGGCCAAACAGAGGCCCUACUACGCCGACUACUGUCCCCUGCGCCUCUACAUCCACACACUGUGCACCAGCCACUACCUGGACCUCUUCAUCACCUUCAUCAUCUGCAUUAACGUCUUCACAAUGAGCAUCGAGCACUACAAUCAGCCACAGUAUUUAGAGGAGGUUCUGAAGUACUGUAACUACGUGUUCACCUUCAUCUUCGUCAUCGAGGCCCUGCUCAAACUCGUGGCUUUCGGCAUACACAGGUUCUUCAAAGACAGGUGGAAUCAGCUGGAUGUAGCGAUCGUGGCGUUGUCCAUCAUGGGCAUCACCCUGGAGGAGCUGAAAAUGAAUGCCGCGCUGCCAAUAAAUCCCACCAUCAUCAGAAUCAUGAGAGUACUGAGAAUAGCACGAGUGCUCAAACUUCUGAAGAUGGCCACAGGGAUGAGAGCUCUGCUGGAUACCGUCAUGCAAGCGCUGCCGCAGGUGGGAAAUCUUGGUCUCCUCUUCAUGCUGCUCUUCUUCAUCUACGCUGCUCUGGGAGUGGAGCUCUUUGGCAAACUGGAGUGCAAUGACAACAACCCAUGUGAAGGUCUGAGUCGUCACGCAACCUUUGACAAUUUUGGGAUGGCCUUCCUCACACUGUUCCGAGUGUCCACUGGAGACAACUGGAAUGGGAUUAUGAAAGACACAUUAAGGGAGUGCCACCCAGACGACCGCCACUGUCUCACGUACCUGCCGCUGGUUUCUCCAAUUUACUUUGUCACCUUUGUCCUCAUGGCCCAGUUCGUUCUGGUCAACGUGGUGGUGGCCGUUUUGAUGAAACAUCUAGAGGAAAGCAACAAGGAAGCCAAAGAGGACGCAGAGAUGGAUGCGGAGAUCGCGUUGGAAAUGGCCAUGGAGCGAGAACGCAGACUAAGCACAACUUCAAACAACAGCUCAGUGGCAGGGACUUACGUUGGUCCGUGCCCACAUUCACCUGGAGAGGAAGAAGAGGUGCAGUUUGAUGAUCAGGACCGGCUGUCGUCAGGGAAGAUGUCUGUAUCCAGGAUGCACUCACUGCCCAAUGACAGCUACAUGUUUCGGCCUGUACGUCCCGCCAGCGCCCCCUACCCGUUGGAAGAGGUAGACCUCAGUCCCCAGCACCAGCAUUCAGUUUCAGUGAUGUCGGUCCACUCUCAGCCUUGCGAGAGCCGCUCCCUGCUGCAGGUCCCAGACGUUUCCCCCGUUCACCGUCCCACCCUCACCCUGCCCCGCAUCGCCCCGCCAACACCCAGCCCCUCACCACGGGCCCUGCACAGACAGGUGGCAGUUAAAGUGGAUUCUGUGGAGUCCCAGAGUUGUGAGCACCCAGAGAGGCUUGCUGCCGUCCUCCUCCCCUCCCACUCCCCUUCUCCCCGUUCUUUUACCUCCUCCUCAUCGCCUCUGCCUCCCCCUCCUUCUCCCUCAGCCCUCUCCCUGCCACCCUGCUCCCCCUCUCCCUUCCCACUGCCUCCUCCGUCUCCCUCCCCUCUCCCGCUGCUACUGUCUUCCCCCCCGCUUCUUCUCCCGCCACCUCCCUCCCCCCGCCUCCCCCUGCGCCCUCCGAGCCUCCGGAGACCCCGGCCACCCUCCGCCGUCUCCCUCUCCGACCCGGCCGACGAGGAGGUGUAUCACAUCACCACCUCCGCUCACCUCAGGUGGAGGGACGAGGAAGACGAGGGCCAGGGGAGCAGGGGGAAGAGCGGCCGCAGUCACUCCCUGUCGCCGUGCACCUUGCCGUGCUCUCUCGACUCCGCCUCCUCCCCUCUUCCUCCCCCGCUGCCGCCUUCCUCCUCACGGAGCGCGCUCAGUCUGCUCGGGGCGGGAUUGAAGGACCACGACUUCAGGAAAGGCUUUAGCGUUGACAACCGGGGCUUCCUGGACAAGCCGUCGUCACUGUCCAUUGGUCACUCAGACGACCAUCGGCGCCAUUCCAUCGAGGUCUGCCUUCCGCAGGCCGUCAUAACAGGAGAUAACCAACACUUUACCCAGGACGUACGUCGACCGGACAAAGGUCAGGGAUUCCCCAUGAGGGUGCAGUCAGUCGGGAGCAACCACAGAAAGAAGAAGAUGAGCCCUCCCUGUAUAUCCAUCCACCCGCCCGCCGAGAAGGAACAUCCCCAAAUCGCCUCACCCCCAAAACUGGCUGAUUGCAGCAUGAUGCUGAGACGCAGGACGCCCUCCUACGACUUGACACCACACACACAGUCAAGUACGCAAGACGUCUCGGCCGACACACAGAUGCAAACGCCGCUGACGCCUAUCCAAGCACACUCCCCGACCCACGCACUGACCCCUUCGUCCACCCCGACGCACACUCAGGCGUACACUCCACCGCCGGCGUCCACGCCCACACACAUCCCCAUCAGCCCCAACAUCUUCAUCCAGCCUCACGCGCCUCUCAUCCCGAACGCCAUGGCGUUCUCACGCCCCCUCUCCCCCGCUACGAGGCACCCCCUCACCGGAGAGUACAUCCCCCUGCCCCAGUUCACCUUCGACCAACCACAGUCCAGAUACACGAGCGGCCUGUCAGCUGGCAUGUCAGACGCCGAUACAGCCACCUGCUCCUCCCCUUUCGACAACAGACUGGGAAGCAGUGCUGGAUUCAGUGCAAAGAAUCGGAGGACCGCCCAGUAAACGUCGAGCGUUUUGAUUCAGGAGGCGAAUUGUUCCAAAUCUCUGCAGCUGGAGUUGUUGACCUCAGCAGAGAUUGAUGCUGGAUCGAGAUCAAGUUUACUGGGAGAGGGGUUUUAUUUUAUUUUGGUUUUUUUUGUUUUUUUUGUUGUUGAGACGGAUAGUAAAAAGGACAUUGAUUUCUCUCUCCAGAUGCUGGUAUAGACUCGUCCCAGAAUAACAGAGAAGGGAUCCUUUUUUUUCUAAACCCAGCUUGAAAGACAGCAGAUCCACCGAGGCUGUACCAGUACUCACUGUACGUGGUGUGUUCGGGACUAAUACUAAUGACGCACCAGGACUAAAGCCACCUAAACUCCGUAGCCAAAGUUUUUUUCACACACUGUCCUCACCCACGUGAGCCAAUCAGGAAGCAGCGUCUGGCUGAUAACCUCUGACCUUUACAGGAAGCGGUUUGUGACAUGCGAGCGUGGGGAGAAUCGUGGGAUAUGCAACUUCAGGUUUUCUACAGAAGUUCUGCUUGCCCCUCCGCUGCUCCUCGAUCACAUUGAUCAGAGCAGAAGUGUGUGUGUGUGCGUGUGAGCGUGAGCGUGUGUGAGUGAGCGUGUGUUUUCCUAUGUGCGAGUAUCGUCACAUCUGUUGUCAUGGAAGUCGGCCAUGUUAUUCUGAUGCUUGCAUCGACAGAGAGGGGAAGCAGGGCAGAGCUGUAGUGUUUGUUUCUUUGUGUAUCUGUGCAUUGUAAAUAAAGGAAAAUACUGUAUUUGGUGAGAUUAAAAAUAGCUCUAUCCAUAUGCACAUAUUUUUAUAGAGAUCUAAAAUGUUUUUGCACACAAAUUUGAAUUUCAAGUUGCUUGUUUUUUUUUUCCUCUGUUGUCCUCUUGUGAAUGUAUGUUUCUUUUCAAAACUGAGAGAGUGAAAAAGAGAGAGAGAGAGAGAGAGAGAGAGAGAGCGGGGAAGGACAUCGACCCUCCUCUCAGUCUGCUAGCUGAGGUUGAGGAGAGGGAUUUUAUUUUUCUAUUUCGGAAAAGAGAAAGAAGAGAACAGGGGUGUGACGUGUUUCUGUAGCUUUGUCUCAGAUUUCUGUGUAUCUAGUGUCUAAAUAACAGUCGUAAGAAGGGGACUCAGUGAUGCAUUUUAGAUGGAUAACUGCAAAAACAACUGCUGAUAUAUAUAUUUGUAUAUCUAGUGCUAUAUGUUCGGGGUAAAUGGCUAAACCUGUGCCCUGUCUACACGAUUUUCAAUUGAAAUUUGGCUGUUAUUUUAAAGGAAUCGUGAUAAAAAUGUAUUUAUUUAUCCUGAAAAUUUUGAAAAAAACAGCAUCUUGCAAGCAGCUACAUAUCUCUGUAAGCUGCUAGCUAUGAGACAUCAUGAACAAAAUUUAAUAUUUAAAAAAACAAAAACAAAGCCUGGUAUCACUGAGCCGCUCUUCUACUACUGUUUUCAAGCUGGAUCAGCUCUGACACCUGUGUUUCUGUACAUCUAAAGACAACCAAAUUAACUUACUAAAUAUGUGUAGCCAGAGUGCAAUAAUAAUAUAUAACUUGUGGAAAAUAUAGUAACAUCCACUCUACAUAAAAAAAAGAACAGCCACACUCUUGUAUUCAUACAUACUGUAGAACUGCUAUAUAUAAUAUAAACCCUUUUUUUUUUUAUAUGACGAUUGAGAAUAUUUCUAUCUCUAGUGUUCAUGCUACUUAUAGGUACUUGUGCCCUAAACGUGGCUGUGAUAGGUGUGGCUGGAAGCAGUGUUAGAGGUACUGUAGAUUUCUCCCAAAGCUCAGGCCAACCCGCUGAUGGUGUUACUGUAAGCAGAAGAGUGACAUGCAUCUCUGCUGAGGACUCAAUAAGCCAUUUAUCAUUCCAGAUUUCCUUUUUUUUUUUAACCUCACUAACCAACUUCCUCAUGAGUUUCCUACAUCGUGUUAAAUUAUUGAAUCACGCAAACCUCCCCCCCACCAACGGUGUGAAUGACCACGAGCAUUUUCCUUCCAGUGGCUGAAUGUUUUCUUACCAAGCCAUACUUCUAUUCUGACACAGCACAAUAUGUAUUUUAUUCUCUUUUUUGUGCACAGUCUGGUUUGGCACAUGCACACGAGAAGCAAUGCUUGUGAGCUUCUUGGUACCGAUUUCCCCCCACUUUUUUCAAAAGGCAGCUGGCUGGGACGGCGUCUUUCUUGAUAUCUUGUUAUUUUACCUUUUUUUUUUUGCAAUCAGCACGUAACAUGCACAAGUCCUCAGUAAUCUGAGUGAAAACCAAAGUGCUUUGAUGUUGUACCAUAAUCACUUAAAGGCUGAGUUUUUCAUAUUUGUGCAGAAGGAAAUUAAAAGAAAUAACUGAUCGGUAUUCCCAACCAAAUAAAAAGUUUUUCUCAUACGCUAUCUGGGUGACAAAAGGUCUCUGCAGCAUGGUAAAAAAAAUAUAUAUUUAAAAAAAUCUGAAAUAGUAUUAAACCAGUUGUGCAAAAAUGUCUCCGGUCCUGUUUUUAUGGGAUUUUUUUUUUUCUCCCAAAAGCUAAUUUCAUAUUUAUUUUCAGAUGCAUAAAUAAUUGCCUUGAAAAUGCUGAUACUUGCAGGGACCUUUGUAAGAAAAGGGGCCAUCAAUAUUGGAUCUCAAUCUCCUUCUACACUCUCAUUAGCUUUUUCUUUCCCAAGCAGUGUGCAUGUAGAAUUGUGAGAUAAAGAAUGAAACUUAUUUUUGAUGCACCUUCAUGUAGUGCAACAAAGCCCACCCCCAUCGGUCGUCAUCCACAUUCUUGCAGAUCAGGUGGAAGUGAUGCAAAAAAAAAAAUACCAAAAGUAGAUAAAUGUUGGCAUCUGGCAGAAGCAGAAUGUAAAGCGCUGAGACGGUGAAAUCACAAAUUGAAAGUGUUGCUGCUGAUGAACACAGCCUGUUCGUCUUUUGAAAGCACUCUCCUUCCAGUUCUGGCGUACGGAAAGCGUAUCUGAUGUUGGAUUCUGAGAGGUUGUCCUCCUUCCUGAACAUGGCACAGUUGGUCAUUUCCCUGGUUUGAAAUCCUUUUUUUUUUUUUUUUUUAAAUAUACAGUACGUGCUUGAACACCAUGAUAUUGUGCAACUGCUUUGUCUUGUUUCUUGUCCUCUUCCUGCACAGACUGUCAACAACGGGAGGUUUUUAAGUAGUCUGGAGACGACAGCCUCUCUCUGUCUCACUCUUAUUUGACUGGGUGCAGACGACCCCGAUCUAAAGCAUAUUUGCCAUAUUAAUCCACACAGUUUGGUAGAGUGACUGCAUAAUUGUUCUUACGAUUUACAGAUCUUUGGAUCUCGGUAUUUAAAUCCUGUUUUUGAGGAAACAGUUUUGACUAUUGCAUGUUCUGAUUUAAGAAAAAAAGAAAAAAAAACUUUUGGGAAAGAAUCAUCUGGAUGUUUUAGAGAUUUUAAUAUUUGCAUUUUCAGAUGUUUCCAUUUGUAGAUUGACUACCUAAUUGCACUGGGCUCUUCUUAAUUGGUAUCUGAUGAAAUACUGAUUAAAUGACCCUAUUCUUUAUUGUC